AUGUUGAGAUCAGUUACAUAUCGAACGUAUACAACUGUUGCUACUUCUAUCUCCCCCAUCUCCAAGACUCUAUCUACCGCACCAACUUUCGAUAACAUCAUUAAGGCAAUCCAAAACGAUACCAACAAUAACGAAAAAUCAAUACCAAUAAUAAAUGCAUGGAUAACUUCCAUCAGAAUACUGAAAAAUGUAACUUUCGUAGAUCUAAACGACUCUACCACGGCUGAUCCAUUAAGACUAGUUAUCAACAACAACAUCAACAAUGAAGAUACUCUUCAUUCCAUCAAACGUCUCAACCUGGGACAGAGUGUAUCCAUUACCAAUUUACAAGUACAACGAACCCCAGACAGACAACAAGCAUUCGAAUUCAAAUUACAACCAACUUCCCAAAUUUCAAUAAUAGGGGACAUCCAACCAGACUACCCAUUACAGAAAAAGAAUCAGUCAUUGACAUAUCUGAGAUCAAUAAAUCCAAUUUUCAAACAUAGAACCAAUUAUUUCAAACAACAGUUGAAAUUCAGAUCCUUUAUGGAGUUCCAAAUACACUACUUCCUAAUGAUAAAUAAUUUUAUUAAAGUGGCACCCCCCAUAAUCACAGGAAACGAUUGUGAGGGCGCUAAUAAUGAAUUGUUCAAGAUUAAACCAACGGAUGCGUAUUUAACUGUGUCAGCUCAAUUGCAUUUGGAAACGCUGUUGAACUCCACAAAUAAGACAUGGUCUUUAAUCCCAUGUUUUAGAGCGGAGAAGAGUAAUACAAAUAGACAUCUUUUGGAAUUUUGGAUGCUCGAAUUGGAAUUGGCAUAUAUUGACGACUUGGAACCACUCUUGGAUUUCAUUAGGGAAUUCAUCAUAUAUUUAGUCAAACAAUGUCGUGAGCAUGAAAAUGAUUUGUUGCCUCGAUAUUAUCCUAAUGGGGUCGAUGAUAGGGAAACUAUCUUGACAAGGUGGGAUUCAUUAAUUGAUCCAUCCAAAUGGAAUACUGUUACAUACGAUGAUGCUAUUAAGAAAUUACAAGAAUCUGGUCAGGAUUUUGUCUUUAAACCCACUUGGGGGAAGGCAUUACAAUCGGAACAUGAGAAAUGGUUGGCAGAAUCAUACUUUAAUGGAACGCCCGUAUUUGUUACCAAAUAUCCAAAAGAUUGUAAGGCCUUUUAUAUGAAACAAACUCCCGAAAAUCCAGAAACCGUCGAAUGUUUUGAUCUAUUGGUACCAGGGAUGGGUGAAAUUAUUGGAGGUUCAUUGAGAGAGAAUAACUCAGCAAAAUUAGAAUCGGAAAUGGAUAGAAGGGGUAUGAAUAAGAGGGGAGAAUUGAACUGGUAUAUAGAUUUGAGGAAGAAUGGAUCCGUACCACAUGGUGGAUUCGGUCUAGGCUUAGAAAGGUUGAUUUCUUAUCUAUUUGGUAAUCAUAAUAUAAAGGAUGCAAUCCCAUUCCCAAGAAGUGCUGAUUCCCAAAUCAAAUUAUGA